CCCGGGGACUGGGCGCCUGCAGGGCCCAGCAGGGUGCCACAGGGUUUUUGCGCGUUCUCGGUCUGGUGAAGGCUGUGUUCCGGACUUGAAGGCUGUAUGGGCCAUGGGCUCUGCCUGCAGCUUCUUCACGCGGCUGGAGUUGCUGCUAAGGGCGUUGCUCCUGCUGCUGGCAGGCAGAGAACUAGUGGGGGGAAAUAACGCCACCGAGCGCAAGACCCCCGUGUUAGUCGUUUCGGAGGGUGGUGAGAGGCUGCAGCUGGGCUCAGGAGAAGGAAGGAAUGGGGAAGACCUCCACGGGGACGCUAGUUUCCUGGACGUGUCACCUGUCAACCUUUACUCCUUCUCAAGUUCCAGUAACACCGCUCUAAAAGAAGGUAUAAAUAAUACAGUAGCCAAGGAGGUAGAAUUUGGAAUGUGCACAGUUACAUGUGGCAUUGGAAUUAGAGAAGUUAUAUUAACAAAUGGAUGUCCUGGGGGGGAAUCAAAAUGUCUUCUUCGAGUGGAAGAAUGCAGAGGACCAACAGACUGUGGAUGGGGCAGACCAAUUUCAGAAAGCCUUUCUACGGUAAAGCUUGCUUGUAUUUAUGUACCACCAGAGAACCGUUUCAAGUACAUAUGGAAAAUGCUCAUUCCUGACCAGCAAGCACUCAUUCUUCCCAAUGACUCAGCUGUCCUUGAAGUACACCGGGAAACUCACCCAGUAGCAUUCCAGUGUGACACAUCAGAAAACAAUGAAAUAAUUGCCUCUGUAAAGUAUACCGUAUAUACCACGGAUGAAUUGAAGUCAAGAAGAUUAAGCCGACCAGACACUGAUAUAAUACUGGUAUUUGUCCUGAUCACUGGUGUUAUCGUUUGUAUUGGUGUGAUCUUUGCAUUGGUCUUCAUAAUUAUUCACUGGGGUACUGUAAAAACAUUCUGGGCAACAAAAGGCUCUCUUUCAGAGAUGCACUCUGAAGAGAGCUCAGUAAGAUUCAAAGAUACAACUUCUAUGGAGCCAUUGCUAACAGAUACCGUUGGGACUGAAGAAGAUUGCUUGACUGAAUGGAAUGAGUGA